ACACCACGAUUAUCAAAAUGAACAUGUUAAAUACCAAGAGGACCAAAAACCAUAGUAGUACAAUCUAUAUAGACUAGAAUUAAAUUUACCAAUACUUAAAGGACUAAGCUUGCAAAAAUCCCAACACUAUAUAAGUACACACAAAACAAAACAUUCACUUUAGUAAAAUGGACCAGCCAAAACAGAAAUCGCCGGCGAUGUCGCCGCAGUUACCGUCACCUUCACCGUCAACGUCGCCGUUACCGGCGGCGACGAUUGAUAUGAUCGGAGAAGACCUUUUAUACAAAAUCUUCACAAAGUUACACGCAGUAGAAUGUGCAGCGGCAGCUUGUGUUAGCCGUUCAUGGAACGUUACUAUUACUCGUCUACUUUCUCUACCGAAACUCAGUUCCGCUCUUUCGCUUAGUCCUUCUCUUCAGGUUGCUGUGAAUGAUGUUGCUGACAAAGUUUUAGCUAGUCCUAUUCGGCCUCAGUUUGUCAUUGCUUCCAUCGGCCCUGCUUUUGACUUGGACGAAGCUCACCGGCUGAUCACUGGUAGAUUUGGCUCCCGAAUUCCAGUGAUUACUUCUACAUCCCAAGGAAUUUUUGGGCAAAAUGCUACAUCUAAUGAGUUUGAAGAGGUUCAGUGGGACAAUUAUGAGGAUGAUGAGGCUCAUGCCGAUCUUGGUAAUGAAAACCAUGGUGCUUUACUAACUGUUGGUUUCUUGCCAGGAUUGGCAGUUGAUUUAAUCCCAUUAUCAAAAACUCGGGGAAAUCAAGUGCUCAUGAUUGUUGAUCUCGUGCUCAGUGUCAAGGAGCGCUCAUCCUCUCGUUCUGGAUCAGCAUCACCAGUGGGGAUUUUGUUAUUUUCUGAUGAGGAAACUGACAUCAGACCUGUCCUUGAAAAGUUUGAUUAUGCCUUCUCCACUGAGACUGUCAUAGUGGGUGACGGAGGUUCUCAAUUUUUAUACCGAGGUGAAACUGCAAUUAACCCUUCUAGUAACAAAGCUGCGAGUUCAGCUGCUGUUGCUCUUCUAUUUUCAAGGGAUAGAGGCAAACCUCCUGGUGUUGGGGAAACUCAGUUUCACAUGAUGUUAUCCACUGGCGUUUCAUCAAUUGGGCCUACGUACAAAGCUGUUUCUGCUAGGGAGAGACCCAGAGACUAUUCUACUUGGAUCACCGCGAAAAGAGAAGCAAUUCGUGAGAAUCUGGAUGGUCAGACUAUUUUAGAUCAGAUUUCUGAUGAGCUGGGAGGUCAUAACCAUUGUCCAGCUCUCUAUGUUGGAGUUACGAAGAGAAGGAAAUGCUCUAUUGGGCAGGAAAAGCCAAGCUGGAUACUUAUGCAUGAAUUCCAUGAGGUUUUAAGAGGUGAUGAGGAAUAUCUGUAUGUCCAUGGUCUUGGUAUCAGAAGUGGAGACACCUUCCGGUUUUACCAUGCAAGUUCUGAUUUGGCACGUGCUUCUUGCAACGCUAUUGCAAACAACUUCAGACAUUUGAAGCAGCUUCUCAAUUGCGAAGGUGAUGAUCAUACUAGUAACAAUGGCGUAGAUAUCCGUAGGAAGUCUGUUUUUGGCGGUAUAAUGUUCGCCUGCUGUGGUCGCGGCAAGUUAUUCUUCGGUGAACCUAAUGUAGACAGUUCACCUUUCUUGGAGAACUUCCCUGGGGUUACUUUUUCAGGAACCUAUUGUGCCGGAGAAAUUGCACGUGCAGAUUUAAGCUCAUACAAACAGGGUUCUCAGGAACACAGCUCUAUACGUUGCAAUUUGCACGUAUUUAGCACUGUCUACCUGCUUAUGUCGUAUACCCCUGCAUUGCCGCUGCGUUAGAGAUCGCUGGUUUCGCCAUCGACAAUUUGGUCGGUAGUGGCAACAAGAAGUUGGUGGCUUUGCAGAAGGCUUAUGUCUCAUGUAUAGAUAUUUCAAAAGCCAUUAUGGAAUGUUUUACUACUAAUCUUUUGUUUCUAAAUUUUUCAAAAAAUAUUUAUUAUCAUUUACUAAGUCAUUACAGAA